GCAUCAGCACCAGUCAAGCAUGGCCAGCAGAAAGACCAAGAAGAAGGAGGGGGGUGCCAAGAGGGCCCAGAGAGCCUCCUCAAAUGUCUUCUCAAUGUUCGAGCAAACACAGAUCCAGGAGUUUAAAGAAGCCUUUACACUAAUAGAUCAGAAUAGGGAUGGAUUUAUCGACAAGGAAGACCUGAAGGACACCUAUGCCUCUCUUGGUAAGCUGAACGUCAAAGACAAUGAACUGGAAGACAUGCUGAAAGAAGCCACUGGCCCCAUCAACUUCACAAUGUUCCUUAACCUGUUCGGGGAAAAAUUACAUGGCACAGAUCCAGAGGACACCAUUUUAAAUGCCUUCAAAAUGUUUGAUCCUGAAGCUAAAGGACAUAUUCACAAAGAUGAAUUACAACGUGUGCUGAUGACACAGGCAGAUAAGUUUACAGCAGAGGAGGUAAAACAGAUGUUCCAGUCCUCCAACAUCGACCAAGCAGGGAACCUGGAUUACAAAUCCCUGUGCUACAUCAUCACACAUGGGGAGGAGCAAGAAGAGUGAGGGAGCUGCCCAGCGUCCUACACCACAGCCGUCUGCUCUGAGCCAAAUGUGAACGUGAACUCCUGCCUCGCUCGCUUUCUCCUGGGCUCAAGGUCCAAAACAAAACGCCAGUCAAUUUCAAACUGUAUGUCGUUAUUUAAUU